CGGCCAAGUCAAACCAUGGAUGCAAAAUGCCAUAGUUCAGAUCAGGUGGACGAGGGAGCGAAAAGAAUUUCCUCUGACAGGGAACCUGCUCGUAAGUGGAUGGCAUUUGAAAGAGAUAUGAUUACAGAGGAUGCCAAAGCAGAGCCGGAUAGAAGUUCAGAGCUAGAUAAUGGUCUCUUGGAGUCGAAGAAAGUGAGUGGACAGUCUAAUCAGAUUUUAACUGAAGCUUCCAUGGCUGAAAGGGCUGCAGAAUGGGGCUUGGUAGUAAAGCCAGAGUAUGGAACAAAGAAUUCCAAAGCAGUAGGAAUAAGAUCAUCUGGAGAUGGAAGCAAAAAUUCAGCAGAGAGAUCAGUAGAAUCUGUAAGGUCAUCUGAAGAAUCAAAUUUAGGAUUUAAUUCAGAAAUCCCUAGGGUCUCACAAGAUCUGAGGGAUGCAUUGGCUACACUACAGCAGACAUUUGCUGUAUCAGAUGCCACCAAACCAGACUGCCCUAUAGUGUAUGCAAGUGCUGGUUUUUUCACUAUGACUGGUUAUUCUACAAAGGAAGUCAUUGGGAGGAACUGCCGCUUUCUUCAGGGACCUGAUACUGAUAAAAAAGAAGUUGCAAAAAUAAGAGAAGCUGUUAAAACAGGGCAAAGCUAUUGUGGCAGACUCUUGAAUUACAAGAAGAAUGGCACACCUUUCUGGAAUCUUCUCACCAUCACACCAAUAAAAGAUGACAGUGGGAAGGUCAUCAAAUUUAUAGGGAUGCAGGUUGAGGUGAGCAAAUAUACUGAAGGUUUGAAUGAAAAGGCUCUGCGACCAAAUGGCUUGCCUAAGUCGCUGAUCCGCUAUGAUGCGCGCCAGAAGGAGGAGGCCUUAGGCUCCAUCACAGAGGUUGUCCACACUGUGACGCACUCACGAGCUCAUAUUCAUGCCACAGAUCAUGAGACCAUUGGCAAGCCUGAGGAGCCAGAGAAAUUUAACCUUGAUUAUUCUCUUCCAAAAUCUUUGGAAGCGGAGAAUCUAUUCACACUGGAUAGGCGAACUUCUCACAUGGAUGCCAGAAGAGAUGCAUCUAGAAAGAUUUCUUGUCAAGAUCCUGGAAGGAAAUCUCGGAAAUCAGGACGAAUUUCCUUGAUGGGGUUAAAGGGACGGUCUCUAAGCUUAGGAGAGGGGCAUGAUCCUUUGCCCAUUGUUGAGCCAGAGGUGUUGAUGACCAAAGAUGUGCAACGAACUGAAAGUUGGGAUCACGUGGAAAGAGAAAGAGAUAUACGCCAAGGAAUUGAUUUAGCUACAACAUUGGAACGCAUUGAAAAAAAUUUUGUGAUCACAGAUCCUAGACUUCCUGAUAACCCAAUUAUAUUUGCAUCUGAUAGCUUUCUUGAGUUGACAGAAUAUACUCGGGAGGAAAUCUUGGGAACAAACUGCCGGUUUCUUCAAGGACCUGAAACAGAUCAAGGAACUGUCUCCAAAAUACGAGAUGCUAUCAGAGAGCAGAGAGAAAUUACUGUUCAGUUGAUAAACUACACCAAGAGUGGGAAAAAAUUUUGGAAUUUAUUCCACCUGCAACCUAUGCGUGAUCAAAAGGGUGAGCUUCAAUACUUCAUCGGUGUGCAAUUAGAUGGAAGUGAUCAUGUAGAACCCCUUCGAAAUCGCCUUUCGGAGACGACAGAACAGAAGAGUGCUAAGUUGGUGAAAGCGACUGCUGAAAAUGUUGAUGAAGCUGUUCGAGAGCUCCCAGAUGCCAACUUGAGACCACAAGAUCUGUGGGCAAUCCAUUCUCAACCUGUCUUUCCUAGGCCUCACAAAAAGAACUGUCCUACUUGGGUAGCGAUACAGAAGAUCGUUUCACGUGGUGAACAAAUUGGGCUGAAGCAUUUCAAGCCCAUAAGACCUUUGGGUUGUGGUGACACUGGCAGUGUUCAUUUGGUGGAAUUGGACGGUACAGGUGAAUUGUAUGCUAUGAAGGCUAUGGACAAAUCUGUACUGCUAAGCCGUAACAAGGACUGUGGAGUAGAUCCCCGAACUUUGUAUUAUAGAAUCCAAGAACAGAAUCUAGUUGGUGAAAUGAAGAAUGAUUAUCUUCCUGAGGUUCAUCGAGCAUGCCUUGAGAGGGAAAUUGUUUCACUACUGGAUCAUCCUUUUCUUCCAACAUUGUACACUUCUUUUCAGACUGAAACACAUGUUUGCUUGAUAACGGACUUUUGCCCUGGUGGGGAGUUAUUUGCCUUACUUGACAAGCAGCCGAUGAAGAUAUUUAAAGAAGAAUCUGCAAGGUUCUAUGCUGCAGAAGUAGUAAUUGGAUUGGAAUAUCUUCACUGUUUAGGAAUUAUCUAUCGGGAUCUGAAGCCUGAAAAUAUUUUACUCCAAAAGGAUGGGCAUAUUGUGUUGACCGACUUUGAUUUAUCAUUUUUGACAUCUUGCCAACCCCAAGUUAUACAGAAUUCAAUGCCUACGAAGAGAAGAUCUAGGAGUCGGCCACCUCCAACAUUUGUUGCAGAACCUGCUACGCAAUCAAAUUCAUUUGUUGGAACCGAAGAGUACAUCGCUCCUGAAAUUAUUACAGGUGCAGGCCAUAGUAGUGCUAUUGAUUGGUGGGCUCUUGGUAUUUUGUUGUACGAGAUGCUUUAUGGCCGCACACCUUUCAGGGGAAAGAACAGGCAGAGAACAUUUGCCAACAUCCUGCGCAAAGAUCUCACAUUUCCUAGUAGCAUUCCGGUAAGCCUGGCGGCAAGGCAAUUGAUACAUGGAUUAUUGCAUAGGGAUCCUGCAAACCGUUUAGGAUCAACAAAUGGUGCAAAUGAAAUCAAACAGCAUCCUUUCUUCCGGGAAAUUAAUUGGCCUCUUAUCCGUUGCAUGAGCCCACCACCUUUAGAUGUGCCUCUUCAACUAAUUGGGAAAGACCCAAAAGCAAAGGAUGUACAAUGGGACGACGAAGGAGUGCUUGUUCAGUCCAUGGACUUCUUUUAGAGGUUUUAUCCAUAAUUUAGGUUAAGAGGAUUUGGUGAACCACUGAACAAGGUUUUGGUCCUACUUAUCUCACAGGAUCUCGACCUGGAAAUUCGGACAGUAGAUCAUGUACAGCAUAGAGAAGCAACCAUUUAUAGUGUUGGGCUUUGGAGGUAUCACAUCAGACAGCAGUAAGCACGUCCAGGCUUACUAGGGAAGAACUUCCUUUGUAACUUCUCCCACGACAUGCCAUUUAUAUGAGUCCAGCGGUCAUGUGGCAUGCUUGCUUAGUGAGUAAAUAGUAGAGUAUCCUCAUCAUAUGCAUUUUAAUUGGCCGAGUUCUGUGAUAUACUGGUAUUUGAGUAUCCCAUCCUAUGUGUUCUAAUUGGUAGCAAGUAGUGUUC